CCGCGGUGCCGCCGCCUCGGCCGCGGGCAGCUCCGCUCCGCUCCGCUCCCCUCCCGCCGCUGCCCUGCGGCCGGGAAGGCGCUAACGGAGAGGCGGCCCCCCUCCCCCGGUUAUUUAUAGCUCCGUGCUGCUUCCAGCCCAAAAUAAGCCUGUUGGCCGGGGUGGCUGUCCGCGGCUUGGGGAGGGGGGGAGCGGGGGGCCUGGCGGCGCGGCCGGGCUUGCGCGCCCCCCGCCGCGGCGAGGGGCCGGGCGCGGCGUGCGGGGCCGGGCCGGGCCGGGCCGGGCCAGCUGCUGCGGCGCGGGGCUCGCCUGGAAUGUGGGCGCCGGCCGCCCGUCGCGACUUUUAUGGAAACUUGCAGCGCCGGAGCGGCGGCCGCAGCCGAGGGGCGCUCCGCAGCCGCCAGCCCGCCCGCCCGCCCGCCGGGACCGCGCCGGAGCCGCAGCGCCGGGGCAGCGCUCGCAGGUAGAAACUGAAAGCAAUCUUAAACAUACCAGGUGCAGAGCACAAUACAGUAGCCAUGAAUGACAUUGCACAGAAAACUGAGAUGAAAGAACUGCUUGGAUCUGAUGAAGACGAUGACACAAAAUUAUCUAAAAUAGAAAAAGGUUAUGUUCCAAAGCUAAUAGGAACCGUUAAAGGCAAGUUUGCAGAAAUGGAGAAGCAAAGGCAAGAAGAGGAAAGAAAAAGAAUGGAAGAAGAAAGAAAACGCAGAAUUGAACAAGAUAUGAUUGAGAAAAGAAAAAUUCAAAGAGAAUUAGCAAAAAAAGCACAGGAGAUUGAUGACUUUAACAAUUCGGGAACUGAAUCAGCAGCUGAGGAAGGGGAUGAUUCACUGCUAGUUACAGUAGUGCCUGUAAAACCCACCAAAACACCUGGGAAGAUGAAAAUGAACUUUGCGAACACAGGAAAGGAGAGAGCAGAACAAAGAGAGAGACAGGAUGAAGAAAUGAAGCUGAAGUAUGAGGAACAAAACCAAUCCCUUAAGGAAACCAAGUGCCUUUCAUUUGCCAUGGGUGAAAAUAAAGACAGUGAAACACAAGAGCCUCUGUCUCCUGGUAAGCUGAAAGUAACAUUUGAAGAACUCGAAAGACAAAGACAGGAAAAUCAAAGGCGGCAAGCAGAGGAAGAAGCAAGACAGCGUUUAGAAGAGGAAAAACGUGCCUUUGAAGAAGCUAGACAGCGAAUGAUAAAUGAAGGUGGCGAUGAAGAAUCUGAAAAUUCUGUUAAAGAAUUCCGUCCUGGUAAACUCAGACUCAGUUUUGAGGAGAUAGAAAGACAGAGAAGAGAAGAGGAAAAGAGGAAAGCAGAAGAAGAUGCAAGACGACGCAUAGAAGAGGAGAAAAGAGCAUUUGCUGAAGCAAGGAAGAACAUGGUGCUGGAUGAUGAAUCACCAGAAAUGUUUAAAACAGUUUCUCAAGAAUCCCUCAUACCUGGUAAACUGGAAAUUAAUUUUGAGGAGUUGCUGAGACAAAAAAUGGAAGAAGAAAAGAGACGCACAGAAGAAGAGCGUAGGCAAAAGUUGGAAAUGGAAAAGCAAGAAUUUCAACAGCUAAGACAAGAAAUGGGAGAGCUGGAAGAAGAAUCCGAAACUUUUGAGCUAAGUAAAGAAUACGAAGAAUUAAUAAAGCUAAAAAGAAGUGGUUCUAUUCAGGCAAAGAACUUAAAAAGCAAGUUUGAAAAAAUAGGACAACUGUCUCAAGAAGAAAUACAGAAGAAGAUUGAAGAAGAGCGAGCUAAGAGAAGAGCAAUGGAUGAAGAAAUAAGAGAAAGAGAAGCAGAAAAAUUUCAAGAGGAUGAGGAGGUAGAUGUGAGACCAGCUAAGAAAUCUGAGGCUCCAUUUACUCAUAAAGUAAACAUGAAGGCCCGUUUUGAGCAAAUGGCAAGAGCCAGGGAAGAAGAGGAGCAGAGAAGAAUUGAAGAACAGAAAUUGCUACGCAUGCAGUUUGAACAAAAAGAAAUUGAUGCGGCGUUACAGAAGAAAAGAGAAGAGGAAGAAGAAGAAGAAGGAAGCAUUAUCAAUGGUUCUACUUGUGACGAUGAGGAUGAUCAAGCUCGAUCUGGAGCUCCCUGGUUCAAAAAGUCACUGAAAAACACAUCAGUUGUUGAUGGCGAGCCAGUGAGAUUUACAGUUAAAAUUACUGGAGAACCAAAACCUGAAGUUACAUGGUGGUUUGAGGGGGAAAUGUUGCAGGACUCUGAGGACUAUCAGUAUAUUGAAAGAGGAGAAACCUACUGCCUUUACUUGCCAGAAACCUUCCCAGAAGAUGAAGGGGAAUAUAUGUGUAAAGCAGUCAACAACAGAGGCACAUCUGCUAGCACCUGUAUUCUCACCAUUGAAAGUAAGAGUUAGCAUUUUAAUUUGCUUAAUUCUCAAAUACUCUUCUUGCAUCUUUCCUAUUAUGAAAAUCUGAUCAGCUCUUUCUCCUAACCCUUUUAUUUUCUAGCUGAUGACUACUAAUGCUCUACUUUAGCUGGAAUCUUUCUUCCCCUCAAAACUUUCUUAUUGCAUCAUCUCUUUCUCUGAUGGGGCCAACUAAAGAAAGUGAGGAUAUGCAUUGAUUUCUCAUUCCUACAUCAGAUAAGAAUAACCUUCAAAUUGUGAGUGUGUCCUCGUUCCUUCCUCAAUACAAAAAUUGGUAUUAAAGGCUAAAAAUAAGAAAUCAAUGUACGGAAGAUCAACUAAAGGGAAAAAAAAGUUGAAUUAUAAUAGCACGCCCACAUUUGAAGACCAACUGUUGUGUAGCAGUAUAAAGCUAAAUACACAAUCUGGAAACCUGUGUAGUAGUUUAUAUCUAUUGGUAUAUUUUGCAUGAACACUGAAUAUUUAAGCUGUUUUACUUUAUCUCAGAGGCAUUGAGCUGGCAAAAGGAAAUACUUAUUGAUUUUUAGAACCCCCAGUGUACUAUUUUUAAAGAAUAAAAUAUUAUAUAACAGCUCACUUUUGUUGUUUUGUUUCAAAGAGCAUUAAUUCUUUUGUUUUAAAAUGGGCUUGCAUUUAAACUGUUAUGCUCUUAUCAAUCUAUGCUGCUGAUAACACAAAAGUAAAAACUAUCUCAUUAAGUCUUGUAGUAGUCUUUAUAGUACCAACAUUUGCUUGUAAAACUUCUAUUUUUUUCACUGCUUAAGUAAUGCAGGAACAGUUGGUGACAAAAUACAAGCCUAUCAUAGCCAAGAUGAUAGGAAGCAAGCGUUAAGAAAAAUAUUUUCAGAAAGUGCCUGACUUCUCAAUUUCUGUUCUCUCUUAAUGUAACAGACUUAUUGGUGCAUCUCUGAACAUUGUCUUCUUAAGGCUACUGUACUAUUUUUCUCUUAAGAUCUCUUGAUAUCAACACUAAUGUCAUUGUGCUAACACUAUCUGAACUGUUCGGCUUAAGCUUCUGUAGGGAGUAAUUUUACAAACAAUAGUCACAUUUUAAAUUGAAGAACAUGUGUAUAAGCCUUAACAUAAUGGCAAGGUAGGCUGCAAUUCAGGUUUAUGCAGUCAUUUCUGAAAUAAAUUUUCCUGUGGUUGAA